UUUACUCGGAGGCUCGACUGGCUGGUCAGUGGCCCCUUUGACUACAAGUUCUGUAAGUUCUCAUGUCAACGUCUUUAUAUAAAAUGUGGCUGAUUGUUGUCGAGUAGGGAUCAGAAUCCCGUUCAAGCUUCAUUCAGUCCUUCCUGCAUCACACUCGUGACAUGUUGAAUCUCAGUCGAGUGCUUCUAAGUCGUGGUCGUGCCGUAGCGAUUCCGCUGCCCCAGGCCGCCGGCCUCACUUGGUUCCAACCACCAUUGGCUCCUACCUCCACGGAUCUGGGCAUCAGAUUUCGCCCCGCCUCCUCCGCCUCGCCCCAAGCUUCGGCUCCGCCCAGUCUCCGCCUCUCGGAUAGCUGUGUGCAACGACUCCAGCAACUCCGUCAAAACGAACCUGAGACCAUGCUGCGCAUCAUUGUGGAGGGCGGUGGCUGUUCCGGGUUUCAAUAUCGAUUCGAUCUAAGUGACCAUCCCGAGGUGACCGAAGAAGACCGGGUGAUUGAGCGCGAUGGAGCGGCUGUGGUGAUCGAUGAAACGUCGCUGGAGUUUCUGCAAGGAUCCACCAUCGAUUUCCAUCGAGAGCUCAUCCGAGCAGGUUUCCGAAUCAUCGAUAAUCCCAAAGCGGAGGGCGGAUGCUCGUGUGGCGUGUCUUUCUCCGUCAAACUGGACUAAUUUGACCCACCUUUGGCUAGCGAUAAACUUAGAAGAAUGUUAAGAAUAUAGAGACAGUCGCCAUGUUA